UGUGCUUCCUAAAAAAAUUUCUGUUUUCGAAAUAAAGCGAAAAUACAUUAAGUGCUCGUCAAAAUGUGGACAAUGAUGUGCGAUGUAAUGCCAACAAUAUCGGAGGACAGUAUUAGUCAACGGAGUUCACAAUUCUCCGGUGAAGAUGCAAAUUUUGAGCAGCUGAUGGUGUCAAUGCUUGAUGAACGUGAUAAAUUAGUGGACAGUUUACGUGAAACACAAGAACGUCUUGGACAGACUGAAGGGAAAUUACAAGAGACAGAAAAAGAACGUGAUUCGUUGCAACGACAAAUUGCCGCAAAUCUUCCACAGGAAUUUGCAACAUUGACAAAAGAAUUAAAUCAAGCUAGAGAACAUUUAUUAGAAAAGGAGGAAGAAAUAUCUGAAUUAAAAGCAGAACGAAAUAAUACACGACUACUUUUAGAACAUUUAGAAUGUUUGGUAUCCAGACAUGAACGUUCAUUACGUAUGACAGUUGUAAAACGACAAGCAGCAGCUCCAUCAGGUGUAUCCAGUGAAGUUGAAGUAUUAAAAGCGCUCAAAAGUUUAUUUGAACAUCACAAAGCACUCGACGAGAAGGUACGGGAGAGGCUACGAGUAGCGUUAGAAAGAAAUACAGCAUUAGAAGAAGAAUUAGCUUUAACCAAAGAUGAAUUACAGCAAUUCAAAUUGGGCGGUGCACAAGUACUACCCAUUGAAGAUAAUAAUAAACCAAAAGAAAAUGGUCAGCCAGAAAGUACGAACGAUCAACAGCAACAACAACAAAACUCCAAUAAUAAGUGUGUCGUCACUGGUACGUCAACACAACCCCAACGUUCCCCCCAACAACCACCUACAAUCACGAAUGGUAAUAGUAGUUCCAAUGUUCCAACGUCGAUAGCAGCGACAACGACUACAAAUUCAAGUGAUAAUAGUUCAAGCGGUAAAAUUACUGAAUUACAAACAGCGUUAGAGAAACAGUCAAAUGAAUUAAGUACGUGGCAACGACGUGUGGCUGAACUAACAACACGUAUCGGUGAUCUAGAAGAGAAUUUAUCGAAAGCGCAAAAAGAAUGUAUCAAAGCACAAGAGUCAAAUUCAAAAUUACAACGUGAUUUACGUGAAAAUGUCGCUCAAAAAGAAGAUCAGGAGGAACGUAUUGCCACCUUAGAGAAACGUUACUUAAAUGCCCAACGAGAGUCUACCUCAUUACAUGAUCUUAAUGAGAAAUUGGAACAAGAAUUACAACAUAAAGAGGCACAACUAAAGUUACAAGAAGAAAAAAUAGCAGCUAUCCAAGAAAAAUUAGAGUUAGCCGAACAAAAAUUAGCUCAAUAUUCUAAUUUACCAGAAAUGGAGGAACAAUUAAAACAGAGAAUGGAGGCAUUGACGCAGGUGAGAGCUCAGGCACAAGAACGUCAUGGCUCAGCUGAAGAUCGAAUUCAACGUUUAGAAAAUACAUUAGAAGAAAAGAACGCAGAAUUAAUGCGACUUAAUCAACGAUUAAAAAUGAACGAAGAACAUAAUACACGAUUAUCGGCAACAGUUGAUAAACUUCUAUCCGAAUCGAAUGAUCGUUUACAGGUCCAUUUGAAAGAACGUAUGCAUGCGUUAGAAGAGAAAAAUAGCUUAACGCAGGAAUUAGAUAAAACACGUAAAGUUAUGGAAGACUUACAAAUGGAAAAACAAGAUAUUGUUAAGGAAUUAGCAAAAUCACGUUUAGAAAUUGACAACGUAAAACGACAGAUGUUACAGCAAGAAAUUGCUUUCAAUAUUCAACAAACCGAUGCGUUAACACGUAGUCUUUCACCAAACAAUGCUACAACUAUCGAUACAUCAUCAUUCUCACGAAGUGCCAGUCAUACAAGUUUCGACACACAUUCGUUACCACGACGAACUUCCUCAGGGGCAAAUAAAUCACGUGCACAACAGAUUGAAGAAGAGAAUAAAUAUAAUCGUACGUUAGCCGAACAAGAAUGGGAGAAAUUACAACAAGCCCACGUACUCGCAAAUGUCCAACAAGCGUUUGAUGUGUCUAGUGAUGCUGAAGGUGACGACAAUGAAAGUAUAUUUAGUGCGGCUGAAAUGUUAUCCCCGUCAGGUCAUACCGAUGCACAAACUUUAGCAAUGAUGCUACAAGAACAGCUGGAUGCAAUUAAUAAUGAAAUACGGUUAAUCCAAGAAGAAAAACAAAGUACGGAAGCACGAGCUGAAGAAUUAGAAUCACGUGUGGGUUCAUUGGAGCAUAUGAAUUUGUUGGCACGUGGACGUAGUCUUGAAAGACAAUCACCGCCGGUUAGUGGCCGAUCAACACCCAAAUCGCAUCAUUCACCACAACGUGAUUAUCUACAUAAGUAUCAUACGCUUCAAUUAGCUGCAAUGAGCGGUGAUGUCUCACGAGAAGAAUUACAUGCAGCGGCUGGAGGUGAUAGUAGCAGUGGAGGUGGAGCAUCACCCUUAACUGCACGAUCGUUACGCCUAGAACGUGUUGCACAAGCUUUAGCUCAUAGUCAAGAAGAAUUACGAAGAUGUAGUGUGUUCAGGCAAGGUAUGCAGACGCUGACGCACACUCCCCCAUCCCCUCUAUCCUCUCGUCAUAGCAGCCAGGACUCGUUGCAUAAGAAUGCACUGUGUGGUAGUGGUAUGCUGAAUACAUCAACCGCAUCAAUGAUGGGCAUCAGUGGUGUUGGUUUGGGUAGUGGUGGCAGUGGUGGAGGUACUUUACCACGUGACGGUUCAUUGCCUAGGGAUCCAGCAUCAGUUGCAGCAGCGGCAGCAGCAGCACAAAAAAAGAAAGGCAUUAAAUCAUCGUUAGGACGAUUCUUUAGUAAAAAAGAAAAGCAGGUGAAAGGAAAAGAAAAUUCACUUGGUGAUGGAAGUAUGAGUAUGAUGUCAAUGACACAAAGCAAUAUGACAUUAUCAGAUGGUGAUUUAGUUGGAGGUGCUGAUAGUAUAAGUUUAUCCGGUAAAUAUACUCCACAGAAACAAGAUUUCGAUCGGAAUCGUACGAAAAAGAAAGAACAUGAUUAUCGACAUGAAUUAUUAGGCGAAGCAAUGAAAGCUGGCACACCAUUCGCACUAUGGAAUGGACCAACAAUUGUUGCAUGGCUAGAAUUAUGGGUUGGUAUGCCUGCAUGGUAUGUGGCAGCAUGUCGUGCAAAUGUUAAAUCGGGUGCAAUAAUGAGUGCACUCAGUGACCAGGAGAUCCAACGUGAGAUUGGUAUAAGUAAUCCAUUACAUCGUUUAAAAUUACGUUUAGCUAUACAAGAAAUGGUGUCGUUAACAUCACCGUCAGCGCCAAAGACAUCACGUACAACAUUAGCAUUUGGUGAUAUGAAUCAUGAAUGGAUUGGUAAUUAUUGGUUGCAAUCGUUAGGUUUACCACAAUAUCGUACCACGUUUAUGGAAUGUUUAGUAGAUGCACGAAUGUUGGAUCAUUUAAAUAAAAAAGAUUUACGUGGACAAUUAAAAAUGGUCGAUAGUUUUCAUAGAACAAGUCUACAAUAUGGUAUAUCAUGUUUAAAACGUUUAAAUUAUGAUCGAAAUCAGUUAGAAGAACGUAGAAAACAAUCAGAAAAUGCAUUAAUGGAUGUAUUAGUAUGGAGUAAUGAACGAGUUAUUAAAUGGAUUAUAAAUAUUGGAUUAAAAGAAUAUGCAAAUAAUUUAUUAGAAUCAGGAGUACAUGGUGCAUUAAUUGCAUUGGACGAUAGUUUUGAUUCAAAUAGUAUGGCAUUAGCGUUACAAAUACCAACACAAAACACUCAGGCCCGACAAAUAUUAGAAGUUGAAUUUACAAAUUUAUUACAAUCAGCAACAGAACGACGAUUAGAAUGCGAUCUAACAAGAUCCUGAUACACCACCAUUCAGCAACAACAACAGCCAGGUAGUAUGUUUUUAAAUAGUGGUGGUGGAAGUGUGUUGAGUGGGAGUUCGACAUCCAUACAACAACAAACACAAGCCCAACAAAUGAUGUUGCAACAACAGCAACAGCAACAACUUCAACAACAAUUACAACAGCAACAACAA